AUGGGUGAGCAAGCCAACGCGGAUGAGGGCAUCCACCUCGUGGUCAUCGGCGCCGGCCUGGCAGGCCUGAGCGCGGCGCUGGCGACCAAGCUGGCGAACCCGGCGCACAGGGUGACGGUGCUGGAGGCGGUCAACGAGUUGCAGGAGGUUGGCGCCGGCCUCCAAAUCACCCCGAACGGCACACGCCUCCUCUCCGCCUGGGGCCUGACCCCCGCCCUCGCGCCACUCGCCGCAGUGCCCGAGAGCCUCUCCGUACACCGGUACGACGGCACCAAGCUGCUGGCGCACGAGCCGGCGCUGCAAGCGCAAGUACGCGCGCGCUACGACGGGCACCCCUUCUGGGACCUGCACCGGGUGGACCUGCAGCAGGCGCUGGUGGCGCGGUGCGGGGAGCUGGGGGUGGCGCUGCGGCUGGGGGCGCGGGCGGUGCAGGUCGACUUCGAGGCCGCGCGCGUGCGGCUGCGCGACGGCGCCGCGGUGCAGGGCGACGUGGUGCUGCUCGCCGACGGCCUGUGGAGCGCGAUCCGCCCGCAGUUCGUCGGGCGGGCCUGCCCGCCCGUGUUGACGGGCGAUCUGGCGUACCGGAUCACCCUCCGGGCCGACGAGCUCGAGGGCGAGGACGCCGAGGAGCUGCGCGCGUGGGUGCGCCGCCCGGCCGUGCACUUCUGGAUCGGCCCGCGCGCGCACUGCGUCGGGUACUCGGUGCGCGCGGGCGAGGUGUACAACCUGGUGUUGCUGUGUCCGGAUGACAUGCCGCCCGGGGUGGUGAAGGCGGAGGGGGAUAAGGACGAGAUGCGGGCGCGGUUCGAGGGCUGGGAUCCGCUGCUGACGAGGUUCCUGCGCCAGGUCAAGGGCGUGGUGCAUAAGUGGAAGCUGAUGUGGCUGGACGCGCUGCCCGAUUGGGCCAACGAGAAGGGGACUUUCUUUAUGGCGGGGGACUGCUGCCAUCCGAUGCUGCCGUAUCUGGCGCAAGGGGCGAACUCGAGUCUCGAGGAUGGCGCCGUGCUGGGGUCGCUGCUGGGGCGGGUGCGGAAGUCCGACAUGGCGCGGCAGCUGCCGUGCGUGUCGAAGUUGUAUCAGAAGCUGAGGAUGGAGCGCGGGCGGAAGAUCCAGCUCGAGACCUUCCGGCAGCGGGACGAUUCGCAUCUCGAGGACGGCGAGGCGCAGGAAAAGCGGGAUGCGCUGAUGCUGAGCAUGCUGGGCAAGGAGCUGAAGGGGCCGUUUCCGAGCCGGUGGACCUGCCCGGUGAUCCAGCCGUUCCUGUACGGCUACGAUGCGUAUGCCGAGGCCGAGAAGGCAUAUGAGGAGAACCCGUUUUGA